CGUCUCUGACGUCAUAGGAAGGCGCCACCGGCAGAGGCUUCACGUGGACUCGGGUUUGGAAACUUUCGGGCUGGGUCAUGGAUACGCCGCUUAGGCGCAGCCGGAGGCUGGAGGGCCUAAAGCCCGAAGCCCCCGGGAGUCUCGCCUCAGUUUCGCGGGCGAGACGGGCCCUUGUGGAGAUCGAGUCGAACCCAGAAGAAACGAGGGAGCCCGGGUCUACUCUGAAUGUGCAGCCACUCGGCCUGGAGUCUCCCCGACGUCAGCGGGAGACAAGCCCGGGAUCACCCAGCCUGCCGCGGUGUGCAGACUUGGAGUCCCCGCGAAGACAGCCAGAGUUGGGCCCAGAGUCCCCCCAGCAUCGGCAAGAGCCAGGCCUGGGGUCCCCCCGAAGGCAGCCGGAGCCGGGCCCAAAGUCCCCCCAGCAUCGGCAAGAGCCAGCCCUGGGGUCCCCCCGAAGGCAGCCGGAGCCGGGCCCAGAGUCCCCCCAGCAUCGGCAAGAGCCAGGCUUGGGGUCUCCCCGAAGGCAGCCGGAUCCGGUCCCAGAGUCCCCCCAGUAUCGGCAAGAGCCAGGCCUGGGGACCCCCCGAAGACAGCCGGAGCCGGGCCCAGAAUCUCCCCAGCAACGGCAAGAGCCAGGCCUGGGAUCCCCCCGAAGACAGUCGGAGCCGGGCCCAGAGUCUCCCCGAAGACAGCCAGAGCCGGGCCCAGAGUCCCCCCAGCAUCAGCAAAAGCCAGGUCUGGAGUCACCUCCAAGACAACCAGGCUCGAGUCCUGAAUUCCGUCAAUCUCAGCCAAAGCCAAGUGAGGAAUCACCGAAUUUCCCCCAGGACCGAGGAGAACUGGACUCAGAGGUGGCCCAGUGUAAGGAGGAGCUGGCCCCGGGAUCCCCCCCACAUCAGCUGCAGCCAGGCGCAGAGUCACCAGAGCCUUACCCCGGUCAGCAAGCCCCUGGUCCUGAGCCCUCGCAACCACUACAGGAGCUGACGCCCAGGGCACCUGACUCCCCUGGGAGCCAGCAGGAGCCAAGCAAGCCACCUUCAUCUAGAGAGAAGGUGACAGGCGGCCUCAGUGCAAAGAAGCGAAAUGGAUCUUCAGUGCAGGCCCCAGGGUCCAAGAAGUUGAAGAAGGAGCAGGAGGAGCUUCCUGUAAUCCCUAAGGGGAAGCCCAAAUCCGGGAGAGUAUGGAAGGACCGCUCCAAGAAGAGGUUCUCCCAGAUGGUUCAGGACAAGCCCCUGCGCACAUCCUGGCAGCGGAAGAUGAAGGAACGACAGGAGAGGAAACUGACCAAGGACUUUGCCCGACACCUGCAGGAGGAGAAGGAGAAGCGCCGCCAGGAGAAGAAACAGCGCCGGGCUGAGAACCUGAGGCGACGCCUGGAGAACGAGCGGAAGGCUGAGGUGGUCCAAGUGAUCCGAAACCCUGCCAAGCUCAAGCGGGCAAAGAAGAAGCAGCUGCGCUCCAUUCAGAAGCGGGACACGCUAGCCCUGCUGCAGAAACAGCCACCCCAGCGGCCAGCAGCCAAGGUCUGAACUCAGGACAGCCAAGGCCCUCCAAGACCAGCAACCACAUCAGAUAUGGCCAUCUGGCCUCUCGGGUCACUGGUCAGACACUUCUGCUGGAGCCAGCACUCCAACUCUGUGGCCUCAAGACAGGGAUUCCACCCUGGACAGGACUCUUGGGCCUUUGAGGGAUUUUGAACAUGUCUCUGGGGGCAAAGCCUAGGGGAGGGAAGAGGUUCCAGUCCUCUCUCCUUCCCCAUCCUCCAAAAACCUCCAGACUAAGAACAGUAAAGUCUGGUUUCUCAUUGA